GGGGAAGGGCUCCGUGCCGGGACGGCCCCUCCUGGGCGGACCCACGCGUGACCGGGGCCGCUCCACCGAGGCCGCCUCCCGCGCCCCCCCGAACCGCCGGGCCCGGGGGCGGGGCCCGGUCAGGCCCGGCAGCUCCGCUCCGCCCGCGGGGGCGGCGGGAGGGGCCGCGGCACCGAGAGCACCGGGAGCACCGGGAGCACCGGGAGCGCCGGGGCGGGGAGAGCCCGGUCCCCUCCCCGCCGGGCCGGGCGGGAGGCGGGCUUGGCGAAGACGCCCCAGGCUGGUGACGGGCCGGGCCAGUGGCGGCCGGGGCAGGGGACAUGGCGGGGGGCGCGGGGCUGGCCAAGCGCCUGGGGACGCUCCUGUCGGGGCUGCUGGAGUGCGGCGCCUUCUGCGGCAUCAUCUUCGGCUGGGCCUCCCUCGUCUUCGUCCUCAAGGACCUGGGCUACUUCGAGGGGCUGUGCCAGCCCUCCGCCACCCCCGGCCCCAACCUCACCCUGGGGUCUGACUGCAGUGGGCAGGAUGAGCAGUUCUCCCUGGUCUUCACCAUCGGCUCCUUCAUGAACAACUUCAUGACCUUCCCCAUGGGCGUCGUCUUCGACCGCUUCGGCACCGCAGCUGCGCGCCUCAUCGCCAUCUCCCUCUACACGGGCGGGACCCUGCUCGUCGCCUUCUCCACCCCAGAGCUGGCAGAGCUGCUCUUCCCGGCCAUGUCCAUGCUGUCGGUGGGUGGCAUCCUCCUCAUCCUCACCAACAUGCAGGUGGGGAACCUGUUCGGGAACUACCGCUCCAUCAUCAUCACCCUCUACAACGGAGCCUUCGACUCCUCCUCUGCCAUCUUCCUCAUCGUCAAGCUGCUGUACGAGCGCGGGCUGUCCCUGCGGGCCAUGUUCCUCUUCCUGGCAGCCUGCAGUGCCUGGCACCUCCUGCGCACCCUCUUCCUGAUGCCGCGCACCCGCAUCCCCUACCCGCUGCCCCCCGACUACGACUACGGGCUGCAGUGCGGGGGCCGUUCCCGCUCCUACCGAACCCACAAGGACAAGCAGCCACCGGGAGAGGCCGGACCCGAGGAGACACCCCUGGAACCGCCCGUUGCUCGAGGUGGGGACGCCCCCGGGACGCCGUUCCGGGCCUGCGCCUGCUCGUGGCUCUUCGCCUGGCACGUGGCCUGGCUCUCGGUGAUGCAGCUGCGCCACUACCUGUUCAUCGGCACCCUCAACCCGCAGCUCGAGCACCUGGCACACGGUGACCACGCCCUGGUGAGCACGUACACCAACGCCUUCGCCUUCACCCAGCUCUGCGGGGUGCUCUGCGCCCCCUGGAACGGCCUCAUCCUCGACCGGCACAAGCGGGGAAAGGGCCCCCGCCCCGAGGGGGUCCUGGCUGCGCUGGCAGACCUGCGGUCGGCGGUGCUGUCGCUGGUGGUGACGGUGGCACUGUGCCUGCUGUUCUGCGUGUUUGCCGCCGUGCCUGUCCUGCCCGCCCAGUUCGGCACCUUCGCGCUGCAGGUCAUCAGCCGCUCCUUCCUCUACGGCGGCAACGCCGCCUUCCUGGCCAUCGCGUUUCCCCCACAGCACUUCGGGAAGCUCUACGGGCUGGCCAUGGCACUGUCGGCACUGGUGGCCCUGCUGCAGUACCCCUGUGUCGCCCUGGUGCAGGGGCCGCUCCAGGGGGACCCCUUCUAUAUGAACUUGGGGCUCAUCGCCCUGGUGCUGGUGGCCUUUGUCAGCCCCGUGGUGGUGGCCCGUGAGUGCCAGCGGCGAGCCAAGGAGCUGGGCACGGCUGGCACCCCGCUGGCAGCCCCCCCCAGCACUGAGAUCCACGCUGAGACCCCACACUGAGCCCCACACCCAGAACACCAUUUUUGUACCGGCCUGGGGGUGCUGUGCCAGUGGGGCGGGGAUAAUAAAAACCGCUGCUCCCUCCGCUCGCUGUGCUGCCCCCACGAGCCCCCAGCCCCGUCCCCAGGCCCCCGGUGCACGCAGACA